AUGUUGAAGAGGGGCUUCGAUUCAAACGGCGAUGGCCCAAAUCAUCGGAAAAGAAGCAAGACUGAAGGCGACUCUAAAAAUAAUGGCACAAGAUCAACGCCAACUAACAAGUAUACUGUCGGAUGGAUUUGUGCCAUCAGUACCGAGCGAACCGCCGCGACUGCUUUCCUCGACGAGAAAUUUGACGCGCGAGAAUACAAUCUGCCCGACGACGACAAUAACGAUUAUACGUUGGGUCGAAUUGGUGAACACUAUGUCGCCAUAACAGCCUUACCAGAAUAUGGCACUGAUACGGCGGCGGCUGUUGCAAAGGACAUGAUGCGCAGUUUUCCAACCAUCAAAAUUCGUCUCAUGGUUGGCAUUGGUGGCGGCGCACCAACCGCAAAACACGACAUUCGUUUGGGCGACAUUGUAGUCAGCGUUCCCUAUAACGGGAAAAGUGGCGUAUUGCAGUAUGACUUUGGCAAAACGAUGCAAAAUCAGGAGUUCCAGAUGACGAGGGUCUUGAACCAGCCUCCGCAGAAUCUGCUGUCGGCAGUCCAUGGUCUCCGCACAGAUUACGAGACCCAAGGCCAUCUGCUUGAGGAAGAGAUAGAAAGCACUCUUCAAAGACUGCCCCGACUACGAGAGACAUAUCAACGUCCAAAUCAGAACUCGGAUAGGCUUUACAAAAGCGAUGCGAUACAUCCUCGACAUCAUGAUGGAAGCUGCUCAAUAGCAUGUGGCGAUGCUGCAUCAAGCAUAGUGCCACGGACUAAACGGCCUGCAGACAAGAAUAUUACAAUACAUUAUGGCCUGGUUGCUUCCGCAAAUCAGGUCAUGAAGGACGCUACCACUCGAGAUAAGCUGGCGCUGGAAAACGAAGUCUUGUGCUUCGAAAUGGAAGCUGCUGGACUUAUGAACGAUUUUUCAUGCCUAGUAAUCCGCGGAAUAUGCGACUACUCGGAUUCGCAUAAAAACAAGAAUUGGCAAGGGUAUGCAGCAAUGGCAGCAGCCGCAUAUGCAAAAGAUCUGCUCAAUCGACUUCGCCCAAUCUAUUUGGAACCCCCUCGUAUCAUACCCGACGUCUUGGAAAGUGAGCAUUAUGUAGAAGAAUACCGAACACUCCGCACCAAUCAGCCGGGCAUGUUGAAGUCUUUAUCUUUCGAACAAAUGGGAGCCCGCCAUUUAACAAUAAAAACUGCUCAUGCAAAAACCUGUAAAUGGCUACUCGACAAUCAAGCAUAUCUAGACUGGCUGGAUCCCAGUAAACUAGACUUGCACCACGGUUUUCUAUGGAUUAAAGGAAAAGCAGGAAUUGGUAAAUCAACAUUGAUGAAGUUCGCCCUUACCAAUGCUCAAAAGAAGAUGAAGGAUAAAAAAAUCAUCUCCUUUUAUUUCAACGCGCGAGGCGGAGAUAUGGAGAAAUGUACCAUUGGCAUGUAUCGAUCGCUGUUAUUGCAACUUUUUGAAGAACUUCCGAAACUUCAAAGCGUUUUGAAAUCUUUUCCUUUGGCAGCAACUAGAGAAGAUUACGCUUGGAACCUUCAAGAGUUGAAAUCUUUAUUCGAAGAAGCCAUACGCAAUAUCAAGGGCGAUGAACUGGUGUGCUUCAUCGAUGCGCUAGAUGAAUGUGACGAGGACGAAAUCCGGGAUAUGAUAUCCUUUUUCCAGAAUGUUGGUGAAUUCACGACUUCCAACGACAUUAAGUUUCUGGUCUGCUUCUCAAGCAGGCACUAUCCUCACAUAUCCAAGAAAAACGCACAGCCUCUCCUACUCGAAGGGCAAGAAGGGCAUAAUCAAGACAUUAGCAACUACCUCCACAGCGAAUUAAAGAUUGGAAAAAGCAAACUUGCUGAAGAUAUUCGUACCAAGGUUCAGAAGAAAUCAGCUGGUAUCUUUAUGUGGGUUAUCUUAGUGGUUGAGAUUCUGAACAAGGAAUAUGACGGCGGUCGUAUACAUAAGCUGCGACAGCGACUUGAUGACAUUCCUGAGGAUCUACACCAGCUCUUUCGGGAUAUUCUAACUCGGGACAAUUAUCACAGAGAUGAGCUGCUUUUGUGCAUCCAAUGGUUAUUGUUUUCGCGACAGCCAUUAAAGCCUGAAGAACUCUAUUUUGCUGUUCUUUCCUGCCCUGGACCUGAAAGCGUUGACAGGUGGAAUGUUGACGAAAUUUCCAUUGACGAUAUAAAGAAAUUUAUUCUGAGUACUUCAAAGGGACUUGCUGAAGUCACUAAAGCCAAGAGUCCAACUGUUCAAUUUAUCCAUGAAUCUGUUAAAGACUUUUUGCUAAAGGAGAAAGGACUGAAAGACAUCUGCAACGAUUUUGGCGAGGAAUUUAAAAGAAGGAGCCACAGGCAGUUGGAACAACUCUGUGUUGACUAUCUUAAUAGCCGAUUUCAACAGUUCAAACUUCCCAAUUCACUUCCUAGCGCAAAGUCUAUCCGAGCAAAAAACCUUCGUCAAGAGCUUCGACAAGAAUUUCCAUUUCUCAAUUAUGCUGUGCAAAACGUUUUAUAUCAUGCGAAUGCAGCGGAGAUGGACCAAGACGAGCAAGAGGACUUCUUUAAGACGUUGAACUUUGAUAAUUGGAUCACACUCAACAAUGUAUUUGAAAUAUUCGAAAGUCGCUGGCUUGAUCGAAGGGUUACUCAAUUAUAUGUCCUGGCAAUACAUAAUGCGGGAAAUCUAAUUCGACACCAUUCAUCAAGGCGAUCCUGCUUUGAGACCGAAACCAGUCGUUAUGGCCUACCAAUGCUUGCAGCAUUAGUUGCAAAUAGCUAUGAUGCGGUCGGGGCAUUUCUAGAAGUUCAUGCUCAAGCAGCGUUAUCAGAGGACCAUCCGAAUGCAUCUAUGCUCCACCAGUUAUACAAAGAAUACCUUCAGAAUUCGAAUAAACGAAAAUGGGAUUCAAAAGCAUUCCGAUUUUCUAAACGAAACUGUUUUCUUACUUAUCUAGCAGAAUAUGGUGAUGCCAUACUUACAGAUUUUUUGCUCAAUUACACCGACGUUGAUGUUAACCUGCGGGACAAAUCGGGAGAUACAGCAGUUCAAGCGGCAGCAAGAAAUGGGAAUGACGCUGUCCUCCAACUUCUACUUAAGCAUGAUGCUCAUAUUAACGUAAAAGAUGCAUACGGCGAAUUGCCACAUCACAACGCAGCUAUCGGGGGACAUGACUCCACUGUGAGGUUACUUCUAGAGGCCGGUGCCGAUAUUUCGGUAAAAGACGGGAAAAAUAGAUCACCGAUACAUUGCGCGGCUGUCUGGGGAAAUACAGCUGUUGUUGAGUUGCUUCUUAAAGCUGGCGCGGGUAUUGGAGAAAAAAACAGAGAUGGCGAAUCGCUGCUAUUUAUAGCGGCUCGCAAAGGCUAUGAACCUAUUGUUAGAAUGCUUCUGGACAAUGGCGCAGAUGUCAAUGAAAAGAAUAAGAAUGAGGAAUCGGUGCUAUGGGCAGCAGCUCAAAAGGGAAACAGAGCUAUUUUUGAAAUGCUUCUAGAAGCUGGCGCCGAUGCUAAUGUAAAGGACAGAAAGGGGAGAUCGCUGCUUUAUCAUGCGGUUAAAAAAGGGAUUGAAGAUGUUGCCGAAUUAUUGCUGGGUAUUACUGGCGCGGAUAUUGGUAGUGAAAGAGAAAAUGACGAGUCACUACUGCACGUGGCAGCCCAGAGGGGAUUUGGGACCGUUGUUAAAUCCCUAAUCAGCGCAGGUGCAAAUACUGGAGAUAAGUUUCAAGGUUCAUUGCCACUCCAUGUGGUGACAAGUCGUCAAGAUUACUUCUUGGAUGAAUGGAACGAAAGUCGCCACAACGCUUUGACUGAGUUGCUGCUCAAGGACAGGGCGAGCAUCAACGAGCGGGAUAGUCGUGGCUUGACGCCGCUGCAUUGCGCAUUGAAAGAGUACUCAUCCGGCCGUUAUUGGAAAGCAGCUAUUAAUCUUUUGAUACAAAGCGACGCAGACAUCAAUGCACAAACUCAAUAUGGGGAAACGCCGCUGCAUUUCGCAGUACGGCGAGGAUAUGGAAUAGCGGUCAAGCUACUUCUUGAAGCCGGCGCUGGUAUUGAGAUAAGGGACAAUCAUGGUAGAACGCCGCUGCAUCAGGCCUGUAUGUGGCGUAGAACCGAAGAAAUAGGAUUGUUACUUGGAAAUAGCGCGGAUAUUGAGGCUAAAGAUGAAGAAGGGGAGAUGCCGCUACAUAAAGCAGCGCGUAAGAAUCCAGAGUCAGUUAAGGUGCUGAUUGAAAAUAAUGCAAACCCGCAGGCGAAGAAUAACGAUGGUCUCACUGCACUGGAGAUAGCACGAAAUCGGUUGACAUAUAAUACCCAGCAACUUCCAGAGAUCCGAAAAAUUAUGGACUUGUUAGAGGCGGCGGCGCUAAAGUGGCCCAGUGUAUAG